GCCCGGCAAGAGCUGUUCCAUUCUCGUCUCUGCAUCCCGAGAUAAAACGCUUCGAGUCUGGGACCUUGGCCAAAAUGGGAAGCAACUGAAAGUGCUUUCUGGACACGUGCAAUGGGUUUACUGUUGCUCCAUUUCUCCUGAUGGCCAAAUGCUCUGCUCAGCGGCUGGAGAGAAGUCGGCUUUGCUCUGGAGUAUGCGCUCCUAUUGCCUCCUCCGAAAGCUAGAAGGCCACCAAGGCUGUGUGGCAUCCUGUGACUUUUCUCCAGACUCGGCUCUUCUUGCCACUGCUUCGUAUGACACCUUUGUGAUCCUCUGGGAUCCCUGUACAGGGGAUCAACUAAGAUCCUUUUGGCAUGUUCCGUUGCAACCUGCUGUGGACCAUGGUGGCAACUUCCACACCAGCUCCCUGAGGUCUGUGUGCUUCUCACCCGAAGGCCUCUACCUUGCCACUGUGGCAGACGACAGGCUCCUCCGGAUCUGGGCAUUAGAACUUGGGAGUCCUGUUGUCUUUGCCCCUGUGAAGAAUGGUCUCUGCUGCACUUAUUUUCCACAUGGUGGGAUUAUCGCAACAGGGACCAGAGAUGGUCACGCGCAGUUUUGGACAGCUCCUCACGCUCUGUCUUCUCUAAAGCACUUAUGUCGGAAAGUCCUCCGUGGUUGCUUCACAAGCUACCAGGUUCAGGGACUGAACAUUCCAAAGAAGAUGAAGGAAUUUCUCACCUACAGGACUUUAUGAUGUUGGCUGAAAGGAGGAGCAGGAAUUUCUCCCUCAUAGUUCGAGAGGCCCUCAAAGAACUCUUCUUUUCCAACAUGGCACAUAAAGACGGUUGUCAAAAAU